UUGCGCAACUCGCUCGUGACUCAUGAGUGGAAAGGCCGCCGUCCUAACAUUGUUUAUCUGGUCAGCUCACUACCAAACACUCGGGUUACAAAACAACGACGACGUUUGGAAACUGUGAAGAGGCAACUGCGAACAGAAUUAUAUGCACGACCACCAGGUUGUGUAGUGACUAGUGGUACAGGUGGAGGUGUCAAAGGAGUACCCAGGUAUUAUGAAUGUGAUGUUGUGACACGCGAGCGGGCUGAAAUAGAUCUGUUGCCGGCUGACAUGCGCGCGCGCUACGAACUGGGUCAGCGGCGAAGGGCGCGGACCCGCUCGGUCCGGGUGAUAGGAACUGUUAUAUACAGGAAACUGACCACGGCCUCUGAUAUCCCUGGACAUAACCAACCUCACGAACGUUCGAACAUUCCAGUUAUUUUUCAAUGA